AACCGCAGAAGAUCGUUCAUUAUUGAAGCUAGCUGCUCCUGAAGCUGAGCCACCCGCACCUGAUACUUCCCCGAUGGCCGACGUGGCGCCUCCAGUAGACACUCCAGAGGUGCCUGUAGAUGGCGGAGGCGUGGACCCCGUCGCCGUACCGAGCGCCUCGCCAGCGCCUGAGGUCUGGUCCGACCACCUGAACACGACCGACUAUUCGCUGCUGCUUGGGCUCCCAUUGGGUUCGCUACUGGUGAUUCUGUUCAUACUACGUGUACUAUGGCGGCCCAAAUCGGGUCCCAAGUUCCGACUGCCCAAGCAGGUGCCAACGUACGGCAGUAUAGCGAUGGACGACGAUAGUUACGACUACGACGGGGACUCGAAUGACCUCAUCUACGCCGGCCAAGUGGCGGGCCGCUACGACACGCGCUGGACGCGCACCUUCGACUUUGUCUUCCUUGUGGGCAUGACGCUCUUCGCUGCAGCACUCGCUGGUCUCACAACGUUGCUGGAGCCCGAACUCUGGGAAAACACGAGCUUCUGGUUCUUCCUGCUGCCCAAGGUACUCAUCAUGAUGGGCGUAUCCACACUCGGAGGCAUCAUCUGCCGCUUCUUCUGCAUCGUGGACGACGCUGGCUACGUCAUUACGGAGCGUAAUUCCGUGUUCAAGGUCAACUACACGCGGAAGUUCCAGCUAUUAGCGGCAUACCUCGUGCCGCUGUUGGUUAAGCCCGACGAAGAGUCAUGUGCCGCUUGCAAUGGUCCUCUAGCACUGGCAUGGGGGGACUUUGUGACGCUCUUGUGUUUCUUGCUGCUCAUCAAGCCUAUCCGCGAGCGUUCCACGCUGUUUAUGCUGCAGUUUAACUCACUCGAUCGCCCUGAAGACCGACCACACACACUCAAGUGGAUUGUGGCCGGUAACGUCUUCCCCGGUCUCUUCGUACUGCUGUUCUUCCGCUGGUUAUUCGCCCGUACGACGCAGUCCGACCUCGUCUUCAUCCUUGUGUUCGUAACCAGCAUCGGUGACGGACUGGCGGAACCCAUUGGCAUUGCAUUUGGCAAGCACAAAUACUCGACCAGUACGUGUUGCUCCAAGCGCAAAUAUACGCGGAGCUUUGAAGGCUCGGCGUGUGUCUUCCUGUCUGGUAUCGUGUUCCCAGCACUGCAAUACGCCGACUUUGAGACGCCGAUGCAGCUGUGGCUCACGAUGAUCAUCCUGCCGUUUGUAGUGGCCUAUGCAGAGGCCACAGCGCCGCAUACGAUGGACGCUCCUGUGCUUAUGGCAGCCACGGGGCUUGUGCUCUACACGAUCAUCCACAUCUUUUAACCACCAAAGUCAGCAAUCUACGCAUGUAGCCAUCUGAGACCAGUAGCCAUCAGGAAGUAACGACGAACAGAGUUGGCGAUUUAUUAACAUGGUGGUGCCUUGCUCUAUCCUUCAUAAAUGAUAACACCUUCCUUCGGAAUAGGUUGCGGUGG